AGGUUCAUCUGCAAUCCUCUAAGUAGUGGCACGUCGCCUAUGUCAUUGCCUCUGCACAAUCAACCUCGACCCAGAGCCAAAGAUAACAUGGCCGCCAGUGAACAAACGCCGUUGCUGCCGAUAACGUCUCCCGCGUCCCAACCCGAUUCUCGUAGCGCUUUUAGCCUUGCUUCUCUCGCUGAAUUGGCUGGAACUGCAUCGGCCCACGCUGCGGAGCUCAUCAUCUUUCAACUCCAGUGUCUUCAAGAAUUAGGACGAAAGUUGUGGAGGGCGAGAUGGACAUGCUCCCUGGUCCUUCUAGUCUUCGGAUUCUUCUUUUACCUUUUCUAUGACCCCAGAGAGCCGUUCAGAUCCACGGAUCUACCAGCAUUACAGGAUCCGACUGCUAGCAUUCGACUAAUCCGUGUUGAGCCGGGGUCUGGAGCGACACCUAUUGUGGCCCACAUCGAAACGGCCUCAUUCUCUAGCAAUCCCUCCUACAUUGCCAUUUCUUACCACUGGGGGGAUGCGAGGCGAGUCAAAGAUAUAACCCUGAAUCGCAAAAGAGCACUGGUGACAGAAAACCUUUGGGAAGCACUGCACAACAUGCGUCACCCGUACGAGCAAAGAGUAUUCUGGGUGGACUCAGUUUCCAUUAAUCAAAUAGAUCUGCACGAGAAAAAUACUCAAGUUGCUUUGAUGGGCUUUAUAUAUAGGCGGGCACGACGGGUUUUUGUUUCUGUUGGUAGCCAUACACCGCCUCGUUGGAUCCAGGCGUCCGAUCCUGUAACGUGGAAUACAAGUUGGGCUCUUGAAAACGCUCAGAGUUAUGGUGCUAGCACUCUCUACUGGCUCAAUACAAUCACCCUUGAAGAGUAUUGGAGACGAUGCUGGAUUGUGCAGGAGGUUGGCCUCGCGCAGGACAUUGACGUUUUCUACGCAGAACACAAAUCAAUACCGUGGGAUCAUCUUAUGCUGCUCUACAGACUCUUCAACGACAAGAGCCCAGGCCCUUUGACAACUGGGAUCUUGCGAUUGGACGACAUGAGGCAUUCUAGAUUCGAGGAUCAAGAGCAGUUCCAUUUGGACAAUCUUCUGUGGAAUUUUAGGGACUCGUUUUGUUCCAACAAGCUCGACAAGCUAUUUUCCUUUGCUGGAAUGGCAUCUGACUGCCGAGAAGAUUGCUUCGACAUCGAUUACAACCACACGGUAAGAGAAGUGUAUCGGGAUUUUAUGCUCUUCUACAGUAACAACAACUCCAUCGAACACUCGGGUCGCAAAAUUCAUGCCCUUUCCUUAGCCGCGCUAGUUCGCCAACUUCUAGUUCGAAAAGAGGUGCGAGUGCCGAACAAGAGACCCUUUCCGGGACUGCUAGCAGAUCCAGAUACCUGGUCGUACGAUUUAUGUGGAGACGAUCGGAUGGUUCUUUGCGCGGAGGGUGGCGGCGGAGAGGGUUUGCUGUUCACUUCCCUCAUCCUAGAUCCACUACGCAACUUGGUCAAUCGCAUGAAAGACUUAUUUCGCGGCAACAAGUACGCUACAAAAUCAGCUUGGGUCCAGUCUUCCCCCGAAGAAGAGGAUACGUGGCUGCUAGAUGCUACAUCUGCACCAGCAGCAGAGAAGAUUGCUCUCACUUGUGCAUGCACUACCGUUGUACAACAGCUUGGGCCCUUUUAUGUAGACUAUCUUGCUAGACCACAGGUCUCCGAUAAUUGGUUUACUGAAGUUGAGCAGUUUUAUCGAGAUAAGAUCGAGAGGACGGAAGCUCUAGUACUAAACGAAAGGCUCUCGAUAUUGCUUGGCGCGUCCGCGGAUCAUCGAAUGCGUCGUAUUCUUCCUCUCGACGGCUCAGAACAGGCAUCGCCUCGUUUGUUCAUAGGGUCAAACAUCACUUUAGGCUUAGUUUCGUCGAACGCCAAACCAGGCGACACAAUAUGUCAGUUUUGGAACUCGACUGCCGCCGCAGUGAUCACUCGAGGAUCCUCUCAAUCGCCGUCGGUACUUGGCAGAGCGACUUUGAUCAAGCAUGCUGACAGCACGGACUGGGACCGGCCACAAGACCGCAAUCUUUUUCGCAGCGAUUCCCCGCUCAGUGUAGACAUUGAAAUAGGGCUAGACACACUGACUAAGCUCUCCUUAGACACAUUGUACCUGCCUGGAACGAUCUGAAAAUCCAUGCUUUCAAUUCGGCGCUCGCAUGGUCUCAGAGUAGAAUAUAUGGUUAGAGAUAGUGCCGUCAUACACUUGCCUUAACCACAAAGCAAAGGCUACUUGUUUGAA